AUGCCUACAUUAUCGCGAACUUCUCCUGCGGCAGGUCCUCGGAUAUUGCAUCCUCAAGGUCAGCGACAACAUCCACACAAUCCACAGCAGCACAUUUCUCAUCCUUCGUCGACUACGCCGCCUGCUGCUACAGGGGAUGUUGUUCCUCGUGCGACUGCUGGGGCUCAACAACUACACCAUCAUGCAGCUGUCGUGCACAACCAUCAGCCGCACUUUUCACCGGCAGCCGCGCAUCAGCCGCAUCACUCACCGGCCGCACAUCCGGUGCAUCAUCCUAGUUACGCUGCUCAUGUAGAGAUGUUUCCGGAGAAACAGAAGACAGAGCAAAAGCUGACUGUUGGCGGUUCGUCUUCGACCUCGAAUACUGUUCACGAAACAGCUUCUAUUGGUCAGAACAAUUUAGAUCUUCCUGUCGUGGUAGAUAUGAAAGAAAAAAGUGCACUCACACUCAGAAAAAGUGGCUAUUUUCCUACUUAAAUCCUAGCCAAUUUCUUGAGUGUGAGUGCACUUUUUCGCUUCAUAGUAGAUGCAGAAAAGCAAUCAAAAGAUUCAACUGCAGGAGCUCCAAACAAGUUUCCCUUUUUCGCUACUUUGGAGCAACACGAGCACGCCAUGUGGCAGAUGAAGAUAACAGCUCAGAAACAUAAGACGAUGCAACAAAUACACAAUGCAGCGGGCACUUCUGCUAGGACUUCAGACAGCAUUUUUACUUCGAGAAGCCUGAGUCCGAAAAAAACUACGGGACUUUUGAAGAUGCCCAGUGCUAGCAGUCACGUACCAGCAGUUUCGUCAACAUCAUCUGCCUCUGCGUCUAUUGGUGUAGCGCGCAUGUUAUCUGGAGCAGGCACGCGCUUGUUUCCACCAGGUCGCUUAUCUUUGGGGGGUGGCAGCGUAGUUCCACAAACUGCGAAAAAACCUAGGAGUAACCUUCCAAAUAAGGCUAAGCCACAGCCAGGAGAGGGAGAAUCCACGAAGCAUGGCGAAAAAGCAAAAGCAGGUGAAGAUGAGCAUGCUGUGCCUGACGAGGACACCGAUACCGGAGAGGACGAUGAAAUAGAAAUUGAGGAUAUCACAGACGAACAGCAGCAAGUAGUAGGUGCAACUUCUAUAAAAACUACAAGAGGUCGAACUUCUGCAGCGAGCAGAACAAGGAGUACAGGACCUAGUAGUACUAGUAAUGAACGGGCUUCUUCCUUCGCUGGUUUUGAACCCCGGGUCUUGUCCUCAUCCAUUUUCUUACCGGCAGCGAAGAACAGGUCAACAUAUAAUGAACAACAAGCGAUCUUCGCAAAUCCAAGUGUCGUUGGUGGCGUCAUCUCUUUGUCACCUGAAGCUGGAUCAUCUAACAACAUAGUUGUAGCCGAAUCAUCUAACAAGAACAUGUUAUUUAAUAUGGGACUGGGAGACAACGUUUCUGGUGCCCCUCGUGUUCGAUCUAUAACGCCACCGGCUCCAGUGAUUCGAAGAUCUUCUACGAACAAUAGAAAUUCAAAUACUCUAGGAGGUGUAGGUGGUUGUAGAGGUCGUGGACCUGGAGGAGCUGGAGCACCAUUCACGACGACUACAUCCACUGCCGCACAGCCCCCAAUGAGUGCAAGACCCGCUAGGAUUGAGGUUCGACAAGGUGUUAGUCCUCUGUCGGCCGCUCAGGAUGGAGAGAAUAGGGUGAACUUACCAGAGAUCAUGGGAUUUGUACAGCAGGCCGCCCAUAAGAUACGAGAAUUGAUGAAGAGACCGGGAGAAGAGGUAGAUGUAUCUCCAACGACUACAUCUCCGGUGAACAUCAAUAAUGGUAAUGCAGUCAACCUCAACGCAGGACCAGCACCAGGAUUGGAUCAAGUAGUGAAGCCCUUGGCCGCUUCUGCUGUGUCUGAACACGGUCCACCAGCAGAGAGUGUCGCGAGCUCUCCUGGCCCUCCAGGAUUUGCAAGAAAAGGUGCUGCUUCUACAUCUGAACACGAGGAACCCAACUCGUCAGUAGAUCAUCAUCCUGCACCACCAGGAUUGCAACCACCAGCUCAGAAUGAACAUCAUGUUGGAUCGCAAUAUCACGGUCCAACACAACCUCAUAGCACUGCAGCAAGUACAUCACCACAUCAGUCUGUAUGGCGUUCUGGUGCUCAACAGCAUACGACUUCGUUGAUUGCAGCGGCACAUCAUUCGGCAGAACAUCUUCUAAGUGCACAUUCGUCACAUGCUCCAUCGCCAGGUCUUGCACUUGCCCAUCACGCUGCACCACCAGGUCUUGCACAUCCUUCAUCUCACGGUGGUACAGGAACCCAUGCUCCAGCGACCCAUGCCCAUCUUCACCCCUCACAGCACUCCCGCCAUGCAGCUGCCGCCAGCAUGCCCCUCAAUCAACACACUAAAAAGCUAGAUGUAUCUGACACUAGUCUCGCCGAGCAUCUCCUCGCAACGACGUCAUUGGCGCCAGAACAUGAUUGGGUGCACAAUAGCAAGAUAUUUCCUGGGGUGGAUCCACCCAGUCACAGUCACCUUCAUCACACGGCAACAGCAAGCCCACACAGUCACAGUGCACACCUGCAUCACCUCCAUCACACGGCAACAGCAAGCAGUGCCGCAAAACGUCAUCUUGGGAGUACAACUAUGACUUCUAGUCCUCCACAUGUUGUUGUAGCACAACAACAUGAUCCUGUUAAUAUUACUGCUCAUCACAGCACUACAACAACGCAUUCGGCACAUGGCCACGCAGUUGAGCCUGGAGGUCAUGCCCAUCAUCCAGGAACGUCAGCAUCGCACGGAAAUGCACAUCAUACGACUGCACGACAUCCAGUACAUACUACAACGACUAGUACAACAAAGUUGAAGCUGCACUCUACAGCCACAACAGGUGCAGCCCAAGAACAUGCUCACGCAGCUCCAGAGCACCAUCACGUUGCGACCACUCAUCAUGGUAACGAAAGGGUUAAAGAACAACAUCAUGCUUCAUCCCAACAUGAUCAUGUGUCCCACAGGAUCCACAACAGCAGUACACCGGAUGUCCAUCCACCCCAAGAUACCCUUUCUCCACCAUCGUUCAAGGGUUCUCCUUCGAUGCAUGAGGUGUCUGUUGGACAUAAUUUCUCGAAAUCGAUACCCUCUGAAUUUUCUCCGCUAGGGACCGCUCGUCGUAAACUUCUAAACGCGGAACAACUUGUUCAGACCAAGGAGGCAAUUGAACAGCAUCAAAAUCUUUCUCCUGAAAAGUCGAAGUCAUCAGCCAGCACAUCUCAAGCAACCGCACAACAUCCAGCAGGCUUUCCAGCUUCAUCUGUCGUUCCACAGAUUGCGGAAAACUUUUCAGUUGUCGAGAACUUCUCCUUCUCGGCUGUUGGAACAGCUACAGCGUUUGAGGAUCAUGAUGAGCUACAACUGAGCAAGUCCAGAGAGGCAGGAAUUGCAGUUCCAGUUGGAGUGGCAGUGGCGACGCAUGAUGCAACAGGCUACGACGUGCGACGCAUGAUGGCUAAUGCUUUCAAAGACAGUGUCACAGGAGAGGAUUUGUUCACCUUUGACUUGGGUAUGGGUGAGCAACAAGCUGGAGAAGGUCAUGAGCAACAAGCUCAAAUUCAACAAGGUCAAAUACAUGAGCAUGAAGGAGUACCAGACGAACAUGAUGAAUUGACAGCUGCACCAGCACAGGCUCACAAUCAUUACCAACAAGUUUCGACAGCUAGUGCGUUUUUACAGAAGAAUACUAGAGCAACUACUUCUGCACAUAAAGCAACAGAGCCAGCAUCAUCGUCUGCAGCUCCUUUGCACUCAGCUGAAAAAUCUCAAGAACAACAGCAUGCUCCUCAACAACAUGCUCCUCUCCUUUUCCCACAAGCCAGUGCGCCACCCCCUCUUCACUUCUCACCACAACCGCCCUCUGGACGGCAUCUGCAAGAUUCUACUGGAAAAGGAGGCUCAGAAUCCUCCAUUUCACCUAUUUCUCCCUUUAUGGGUUUUGGCCGUAGUGGUGCAGGUGAAGGAGGCGGAAUCUUUGGAAAUGGAGUGACAAGGGCUCCGGAAUUGAGUCCGAGUCCACUGAGGCGAGGGAGAGGUGCUGGACAGGGGGAGCAGGUACUAGUUAGAGCUGUUGUUGAGUUCUGUUUCUAACGUUCUGCUUGUACUUCCACCUCUAGGACUUGUGAAUAGCAGGAUCAGCAGGUGGUAUGAUUAAUAAACGGACGAGACGACUCGAAAUCGAAUAAGUAGUACGUUUAAGUUUAUCUACUCAUACUCAUCAUGAAACUAUUCACCAGGUGGUCACCACCAAGCGCGAAGUCGUUGGUCAUUUCGAUGUGCGGCUACAACCUCCCGGUCGAACUGGCAAUCCCGAAGACCUCUUCGCCAGUCCUACAAGAGCUCUCUCUGUUGAUGUACCCAUUAGCAAGGACCUGUCGCUGAACAUUCAUGGCAUCACGCCGAUGAUUGACCGCGCGAGAAAACAAGUCAUGCAGGAACUACAAUUACAAGAACAGGAAGGCGGAGAAGAUGGUCCUGGUGGCAUUCACGGACUACAUUUACACAUGAAUCUGGUCAAAACAACUUCAACUAUUAAGGCAGCAAUAAAUAAUGAGGUGGCUGAACAGUUGGGGGCUGCAAGAACAGGAGCAGCUUCGUAUGCUCCAGUCCAGUUGCAGCAUGAACAUCCACACCCUGAGCUUCUGGAUGAUUCACCAGGACGCGUUGGGAAAGGCAAUAGACCUGCUGCUACUCAUGCAGUGCGCGACAGCCCGUUUUCGAGUCCAUAUUCUCGGAAAGCGAAAAGUAAAUUGGCGCGAGAGCAGCAGGCGAAUAUCUUUGGUCAACGAAAUGGAAAUGGAAAUCAAAGCGAGGAAAUGGAAAU